AUGACCUCCGUGAACGAAGAGCUGCCCUAUAUCACAGGCGACCCCAACAUCAUCUUCUUCACCGAUUUUGACGGCAAUGACUUCCUGGUCGACAAUCUUGGAUUUGGGAUCGAGAAGCGCCGUGCGCUCGAACUCGAGGUUCUGAAGGGUAACCUCGCCUUCAGAGAUGCCUUCAAAGCGAUGCUCGACAGCGUCCCGCUUCCCUUCGAUGAAUGCGUCCGCAUCUUGCAAAGGAACAUAAAGUUUGACCCUGGCUUCAUCAGCUUUUAUCACUGGACAAGCAAGAACAACGUUCCAAUCGUGGUGUUAUCCUCGGGCAUGACCCCGAUUAUCAAGGCCCUACUGCAGAAUGCCCUAGGUGACAACCCCGGCAACAUUUAUAUCAUUGCCAACGACGUGGAGGCGCGUGAAGGAAAGCUGAUCAAUGAGACUGGCGGCUGGCAAAUACGCUAUCGGGAUGAUAGUCAAUACGGUCAUGACAAAUCUCAGGCUAUCAAACCAUACGCUGCUCUUCCUGAAGACAUGCGACCGAUCCUUAUGUUUGCAGGAGACGGAGUGUCUGAUCUGUCCGCCGCCACUGGUUCUCAUAUCCUUUUUGCGAAACAAGGGCUAGAUCUCGCGCGUUAUUGUGCGGAACGAGAAAUGCCAUUUAUCCCAUUCCACAAUUGGGCUUCCAUUCUGACUGCUGUCCAGGGUAUCAACGAGGGAGGCCUGCAGGUCAAUCGUCUGAAGAACUGA